GCUGAUUUUUUUCUUUUAACGGUUUUAACGACCAUGGCGCGACAGAGUGUGGCUGCGGCUGGAGCUGCUGCGCUAGCGGCCCCAGCCUUUUUGCUUCCUUCUGUCGAAGCUCCUUCGCGAGCGCUGUCACAUGAGGCAACUGUUCAGCAACCAAUUGUCAAUACGGCCGGCAGCCUCCGACACACCAAUUGUGUUGCUGUCGCUGUAGGACUUGGCGCUGCUGCUGCCACGGCCAGGAGAACGAAGAAGGCACCUCGUGCGUCCCUGGUUGUCCGCCAGGCAGAGGGUCGGCUGUUGCGCCCACGAGACCGAACUGAUGGUCAUGGCUGGGUGAAAGAAGAUCCUGAUUUCAAUGCAGCAGAUGAGUCAGCCGUGAGUGCGACUCACACAAUCGAGCUCAAGAAGAGGCCCAGCGGCAUCAAGAGGUACACGCACGGCAUGGAUGGUAAAGGCGCAAUGGUCAUGGACAUGAACGAAAAGGCGCGCUACCCUGGUGAUCCUAUUGGACAAGCAGCAGUGGCUGGGGUGAAGAAAGGUUAUGUGGUCAAGUCGGUGAAUGGCACUGAUGUCCGCAAUUGGGACUUUGAAGACAUCAUGGACCUCCUUGAGGAUUUCAUUCCGGAUCCUGAUGUCCAGUCCACAGCUGCCUUCAAAGGAGGAGCUCAGCGCGUGCGAAAGCAUCAGCAGGUACCCUUCCCGGUGACCAUCGAAUAUGUCGAAAUGAAGCCCAUGGAGAAGUCCGCAGCAGCUCCAGCUGCCCCUCCCGGUGCCUGGAUGCCACGUUUGAGCGGCUGGUCCGAUGAGGACCUGAUGAAGGAGCGUCAGCGAGCCAUGGCCAUGCCAGAGCCUGCACCAGGAUACAAUGGCCCCCGUUACACGAAGGCAGCUGACAUUGACGAUGCGUGGCUGGAAAGGCUGAAGCAGUUCCAGCAAACCGGAGGUCUCAUUCCAAAGAAGGACGCCUAUCUCCUGGUUCUUGAUGUCAUUGCUCAGCUAAAGUCGGAGCAGACCAUGAACCGUGUGCAGGUGGGUCCUGGCCAGAAGUUGACAGUCUUUGGAGAUCUUCAUGGCCAGUACUUUGACUUCAUGAACAUUCUCAGCAUGGCUGGCAUGCCUUCCCCGAACACGCCUUUCCUCUUCAACGGCGACUUUGUUGACCGUGGCUCCUGGUCCAUUGAGGUCAUCCUCCUGAUCUUUGCCAUGAAGAUGAAGAACCCCAAUGCUGUUUUCAUGAACCGAGGGAAUCACGAAAUGCUGGAGGCCAAUAUGAUCUACGGCUUUGCAGGAGAAACAGGAGCCAAGUACGACUUGGAUCUCUUCAACCUCUUCUCUGAGUCCUUCCGAAAUCUUCCUUUGCUUCACUUGAUCAACAAUGAAGUCUUGGUGGUGCAUGCCGGUAUCCCAGGUCCCCGGCCUCGUGUGUGGUUGCCAGGUCAGACGCAUGAUCCAGAGGAUGCCGUCCCGGUGAACGCCCGAGCCACGACCUUGGCAGAAAUUGCCUCAGUGGAUCGAUACACCGAACUCACACCCAACAGCUACAAAGAGGCCGUGGACAGUGCUCCACGAACGGAAGAAAAAUGGGAGACAGAUUCUCGAAUGAUCAUCGACUUCCUGUGGUCAGAUCCCAGAGGUGGAGCUGGAUAUGGUCCAUCCUACAGAAAGAGCAGAGGUGUUUUCAUGUUUGGCCCAGAUGUCACCGCGCAGUUCUGCAGGGAGAACAACAUCAGUCUGGUGAUUCGAUCUCAUGAGGUGAAAGCUGAGGGAUGGCUGAAGGAUCACGACACUUUGAUGAGUGUCUUCAGCGCUCCAAAUUAUUUGGACACCGGAGGCAACAAGGGCGCCUUCCUCACACUGACUCCGGGCCCAAAUGGCAAGCUCCAGGCCAGCCCGACCAGCUAUACCGCAGUUCCUCAUCCAGACCUUCCUCCGAUGUACCAUCAGAACUACAUCGUGAACAACCAUCCGCAUCUCACACGGCAAAUGAGGAAGAAGCAGGUUGCACAGGCUGAUGAUUUUGGAGACAGCGAUUUCGCUGGCUACCAAGGACCAGACGAGUGGGAAGAGGUCGAUGCUGGAGCAACGCUGAACGCAAUGUCUUCAUAGCUGAACAUGUAUCGCUUUUGUGCGAGUAGAUUUAGAACUCGGCCCAGAGAAGACCCCAAAUUGAGUAGUGAAUCCUGGGUGAGUCAUUGCUCGUUGCAUCUUGAAACGGCCUGGUUCCUCAGUUGGAAGUAGUGCCCAGAGAGUUUCCUGGACCAUGUCCUCUCCGUUGAGUCAGUUUUGCGGACAUUGUUCCCCCAAUGUGGGAUCAUGAGAGUGUCAGAUUUUCCGACUGCGACUUGAAGAUUGCUCAACAUGUGAAAACGUGUCAAAAGGAUA